UCGUCGAAGGUACACCAGUCGGUAGUUGGCAAGCCUGACGCGAACCGCUAGGUUGUAGGUUAGUUAUAGCUGGUCGCAUAGCUGCGUAAUUACGUCUCUCUGACGACGGGAACGUUAGCGCGGAAUUCGGCGAAGUUUCACGUGCGGACGGGCGUAUCGUGGUAAAAUCGGUGGAUUCGUCGGAGAGAGCGCGGAAAGAGAGACAAGAAGAGAGAGAGAGAGAGGGAGAGAGAAAAAAAGAGAGAGAGAGGGAGAGGAAAAGAGAACCGAGGCGGACGUCGUCGCGUGGUCUUCAGUGGUCCCUCGUCGAGAGCGACUUACGCGUUCCUCGUGUUUGGAAACGCAUGCGUGCUACCAAGGUAACGAAGUGCGUCUGCCAGUCGUCCGACGGAUUGUUAUAGUUGGACGAAUGGCGUCGAGGUAGCAGCUCGAUCGCAUUGUUUUUAUGUUUCUCGUGUGUGUACAUACCAUGCAUAUACGCUCUGUCUAAGGCGUAUCGCGCGAGUGUAUCGCGAGUGUCUACCGUUCGUCUCUUUUACGCGUCCAGUUGUUCCAAAGUGCUUCGGUUCCCGACGGGGAGAGAAGUCGUGCACGGGAUCAUCGGGACCGUCGAAAGGCCGGAACAUACGUGGUUCGCGAAGGUGUGGCAACGUUAACAAGAGCCACGCAUGACGCGAACGGAGAACAGUGUCGCAAAGUCGAAGCGUCGAUGGUAAAUGGUAGAUGCAGGGGACGGUGAAUGUUGGAGGAAACAGAAUGUCCAGCGAGCAACCGCGAGCCAGCGCCGUUGCGACCACGGAAGACGUGGGCUAUAGAAGCGUCGAGAUCGCGUCCGCGUUUACGCAUUUGCCGCAAAAGGAAAUGGCCAGGGACACGCCGGGCUCACCCAUGUCUAGGCCGCGGGACUUGGUCGGCGGAGUUGGCGGUGCUACGGCCACCUUGACACCCAACGUCUAUCACACCGCCUCCGGCGAUCCAACCACGGCCACCCUCCACGGUCACGCGCUCCAGCAAAAGAUACUAGAGCCGCCGGCCAGCGGACCGCGUGCGUCCCGUUGUUCCGGAGCACGGAGUAAAACCCGCGGAUCCGUGUUCUUCCAGCUGCAACAACAACACCAGCUACAGCAACAGAUCCUGCGGCAACAGUAUCAGGCGCAGGAGCGCCAGCUGAUCGAGCUCCACGAACAACAGAUGCACCAAUUAAAGGUCUGGGAACAGCAGAAGCAACUGGAAGAACAACGAAGGGAGAAGGAGCGGCUCGAGGCGCUCAGGAAGAAGGACAAGCACGAUCACAGCGCGAUCGCGUCGACGGAGGUCAAGCAACGGCUUCAGAGCUUCCUCGUGAACAAGAAGCAGAGGGAGGCCGCCGCGGCCGCGAACGGUGCCAUACCCGGCACGCCCGGAUACAGAAGCUGGUUGCAACCGCAGUCGGAAUCGGCGGGUACCGCGAACGCCUCGCACCCCUAUCGAAUGCCGCAGAUGCUCCAGGAAAAGUUCGCCGACGAUUUCCCUCUUCGUAAAACAGCCUCGGAGCCGAACCUGCUGAAGGUGCGACUUAAGCAACGCGUGGAGAGGAACAUGGCUGCGUCGAGAAACUCGCCCCUGACGGCACGCCGGAAGGAUCGCCUGCUGUCGCACCUCAAACGGAAGUCACUAUUAGCAAAUUCUAGCAGCAAUCCGGAGUCAGGGCCUAACUCACCGCCGACCGUGGGCAACUCGCAGGCGAGUCCAACCGCUGGAGGAAACGCGGCGGCCAUACAAGAAGAAAGCGAAAACACCCCCUACGGCGGACCUCUCACCAGCGGCAGUCAGCAAGGCAGCCUCUCGGACCUCUCGCUGUUCAGCUCGCCGUCCAUGCCAAAUAUUUCUCUCGGUAGACCUCAUGUUCCGUCCGGUGGCAACACGACCGGCACUAAGUUGGCGACCGUCUCGGAGGCAGAGGUGAGGGCAGCGUUCACCGCGAGGUUAGGAAUGCCGCUGACCGGGCAGAUGUUACCCGGCACGUUGCCGUUCUACCCGUCGCUAACGGUGAUCGAGGGUGAAUCGGGGAAUUCUGGCUACGUGCACAAGCAAAUGCAGAAUAUGGAGCACCCGUCGGUGACGAAUAGGCAACACCCGCAAGCGGCGGUUUACCACAGCGCCGCGGCUGCGGCUGCGGCUGCUGCGGCGGCGGCUGCGGCCACGUCCGCGUCGCCGAUCACGGACACGCAAGUAGCGCACGCGAGACUGCAAAAGGCUGGUCACCGGCCUUUAGGUAGCAGGACGCAGUCCGCCCCGUUGCCGUUGGGUCACCCGAUGCUACAGGGCGGCAUGAUGGCGCCGCAGACCCACUACGAGGAGUACCUGGCGGAGAAGCAGCUGCACGACCAGCAGCAAGCGCACAACUACCUGAAACAGCAGAUACGUCAGACUGUGUUGACCCGGGUGGGGUCUCGGGGUCAGGCGAACCAGCUGGACGAGGCUCCCGAGUCCGAGGAGUCCGAGGUGAUAGACCUGACGGGCGGAAAGAAGGAUCUGCAGGAGGAAAGCGAGAUCUCCAAGCAGCAGCGUGACCGCGAACAGUUUCUACAGCAGCAGAGGGACCUCAUGAUGAGGCAUACCCUUCAGAUCUCGAACGAGUCCACGGCCUACAGCGGGAACGGCAGUAGCGGGGGCGGUGGUGGAGGCGGGGGCGGAGGUGGCGGAGGACCUGGAAGCGGGAAAAACAGUCAGUCGUGCGCCAGACCUCUGUCCAGGGCGCUUUCGAGUCCGCUUGUUCACUUGGGUCCUCAGUCUGGAGGCGAGUUGUUCGCCCGAUCCUCCUCUCACCGACCCACCACCGGAUUGGCCUACGACCCGCUAAUGCUGAAACACGCGUGCGUCUGCGGAGAAACGGUGCGCGGCCAUCCGGAGCACGGUGGCAGACUGCAGAGUGUGUGGGCUAGACUCUCGGAGACCGGUCUGCUUCAACGAUGCGACCGGAUCCGAUCGCGCAAGGCAACCCUCGAAGAGAUACAGACGUGCCACAGCGAGGCGCACGCGCUUCUCUUCGGGACGAAUCCGAUGAAUCGACAAAAGUUGGACGUCUCGAAGCUCUCUCAACUGCCGAUCAAGAGUUUCGUUCGGUUGCCUUGCGGCGGAGUGGGCGUCGAUUCGGACACCACGUGGAACGAACUGAAUACCGCGCCGGCCGCCAGAAUGGCAGUAGGCUGCGUGGUCGACCUGGCCUUCAAAACAGUCAUGGGCGACAUUAAGAACGGCUUCGCGGUCGUGCGACCACCGGGACACCACGCCGAAACCAAUCAGGCUAUGGGUUUCUGCUUCUUCAAUUCGGUCGCUAUCGCCGCGAGGUUGCUCCAGCAAAAGCUAGACGUUCGGAAAAUCAUGAUAUUGGAUUGGGACGUCCACCAUGGGAACGGAACGCAGCAGAUGUUCUACGACGAUCCGCGAGUUUUGUACCUGUCGAUACACAGGCACGACGAAGGUAACUUCUUCCCGGGCACCGGCGGGUCCACCGAGUGCGGCGCCGGCGAGGGACUCGGAUACAACGUGAACAUCGCCUGGUCCGGCGGCCUGAACCCGCCGAUGGGAGACGCCGAGUAUCUCGCCGCGUUCCGCACGAUCGUGAUGCCGAUCGCCAAGGCGUUCGACCCGAGCAUCGUGCUCGUCUCGGCGGGAUUCGACGCGGCCGUCGGCCAUGCCGCGCCCCUCGGCGGCUACAAGGUCAGCCCGGCCUGCUUCGGCAAGAUGACGCAACAGCUUCUCGGCCUGGCGGACGGCAAAGUCGUGCUCGCCCUCGAAGGCGGCUACGAUUUGGCCGCCAUCUGCGACUCCGCGCAGGAAUGCGUGCGGGCGCUGCUCGGCGACGAGCCUAGCCAACUUCGGGAAGAAGAGCUCACCAGGAUUCCUUGCCAAAACGCGAUCGACACGCUCCAAAAAACUAUCGCCGUCCAGAUGUCGCACUGGCCUUGCGUUAAGGUGAACGCUCACACGGUGUCGAUGAGCGCGAUCGAAGCCGGCCAGAAGGAACGCGACGAAACGGAGACGGUCUCCGCGAUGGCCUCUCUAUCCAUGCAACAGCCUACCAAUUUAACGACCACCUCAGAACAUUCCCGCGAAGUCUAUGAGGAGCCCAUGGAACAGGACGACGGCAAAUGAACCCGUGGCCGACUGGAGCGAUUAGUCUCCAACGGAUAAACGCCGAAUUUUCUCCGUCGUGCGCCGUUCCUCUUGUACGCGGCGUCACGCGACAUCACGCGACCAUCGUUGCGCUUCUCGUCUCCAUCCGUUUGCAUUCAUCCGACACGGUGAACACGGAUACACUCGUCUAAUAAGAAUGUAGACCUUUCAAAAAUCCCACCUGUUCGCGAGGAGUCUCCGUGACGUCGACCGUGGAACGUCGGCCGAUCGGCAGAUGGUAGUUUGUUCUCUUUUAUCUCCGAGAGGAUCCUCGACGAAUCGACGGAAACGAUACUGGAAGCGCGAUCUCUCCCCUCCGUUACGAGUCGCGUCACGACUACGAUGAUUUCGUUUAAAAGACAGUAGCGUUUUAGGGACCUCGGAAACGUUUUUUUUUCUUCUCCGUUGCGUUAACCGCGAUUCCGCGUCCGCAUCGUCAUACGCUUAUUUCGCCCGGCCGAUGGACGUUUCCGGGAAGCGCAACGGAAAGAUCAUUAUCGAGCAGCCGCAGACUAUAAAAUCGGGAGAAAGCGCGUGAAACGAUACAAGCCGUGUCGCGAAACCUGGUAUCGCGCGAACGCAGCGAUUCUAUUUCCUUCGAACGGAAUAGCAACAUUUGGUUGUUUUAUCGUGAACAAAGGCUGGUGUGAUUUUUGUGAUAUUUUGUAAAAAAAAAGAAGAAAUUUAACGAGCUAUGUUUAAUUAUUAAAUGACGUGUGCCUGCGUGCGUCUAUCUUGUAUGCGUGCGUGCGUGUGAAUGAGAGAAAUUGUCGAAAAAGUGACACGCGCGCGCGCCUGUUGUUUGUGGCGCGCGCGCGCGAGCGUGUGUGUAUGUAUUAUGUGUGCGUGGCGCGCGGAUGGCUGUGAAAGAGAAAAUGACGAAUAUGUAAUUGAAAUAGGAGCAUUUAUUUUUGUGUCGUGCAUUUGACGAAAACUCGAAAACACGAAGACACACACGCGAACUAAGCGAACAAGCGAUGCCCGCGAGAGCUUGUAACGUACGCGGAUAAGUCCAUGCGGAUGAAGUCUAUAUCGUGGAUCGCGCGCGGUAAUUGGGAAAGCCCCUAAUUAGGGGCAUCGAAGUACAAGAAGACCGAACGCAUGCGUUCGGACAUGCUCGAACGUGUCCGAAAGAAUCUCAAGCGUUCGCCCGCGUGUCGUCUCGUGUUUUUACCAAAAAUCAUGGAAAUAUCAAGCGCGAAAUAAUUCUUUGGUCGACUCGUGUCGCGAGCUCUCAAUACCACAGAUUCUUUUGUCCCUCUCCAUUUGGUCUCUCGUAUCCGCCGAGCCUCGACACGACGAACAAACCAACGAACAACACACCGUGUUCGUCCGCCAUUAUGGUACACGCAGAGCUACGGCAACUCCUCUCUCUCUCCCUCUCGGCUCCGCUCAUCGACUCGAAUCCCGAAACAGUUUCCUCAGCUCGACCCGGCUCGACCAAACGUUCUUUCGUUGCCGCUUGUUCCAUUCGCGUGCGACAGACCUUUAUAAAUUGUUGACAAUUACGAGAGUUUUAUGAGUUUCGGGCAAAGAAACUUGCAAACAUUCCGGUAUCGUUCGUAGAAAAUCGAUACAGUUUAGAUGUAUAUUCGUUGACUCGCAUCGAAACCAGAAAUAAGAAGCUAAAGUUGAUGAUAAACAAAUGUUACGAUUACGUUAUUGCACGUGUACGAAUGUCUAUAUUGCGUAAGCUUAAACGUAUUAAUCAUACAUUUUUUAUGUAUAUAAAUGUACCUCGUAAAGUAACUUUAAAUAAAAGGUAUAGUCAUUGUGUUACA